AUGCACAUGAGGCCUCUGAUGUUGAUACAGAGUAUUUCUCUUGUAUUUGAAGGUGAGAAAUUUCAACUUAAGCAAACUAGAAAAAAAAAAAAAGUUUCAUUUCAAUUCCUGAGUGAAUAAGCUGGUCACACUAGAUGUAUACUAUCUGAGAUGUUUGGUGAUAUUAGAUGUUUGACCUGUUUUUAUAAAGAUCUUUUGAAGGUGAGCUAUUAGAGUUUAUGGAAAGAAGGAUAUAUGGAAUCAUGAAUCUGUUUCUCUGAGUUCCGCGAAAAUCAUGCGAGUAAUAAACCACUGUUAUGAACAGUCGUCUUUAGUUGUUUUUAUCUCUACUCUUUUUCCUUUGAAAAUCCAGCGACGCUAACUGAAAGAUUACAGACAUCCUCUCGCGCCACAGGUUACCAAGUUACUCGUUCCGUUGAGUUCGCACUUGGAGAAAAUUCAUCGUCAGGUGCCACAGAUCACCCAGCCACAAGCUACUUUCUACGACCAUCACCUAGCGCCACGGGUUUCCAAGCUUCAGGCUCCCUUCAAAAAAUUAAUGGUCAAAGUCCAUCAGGAGUAGUAUUAACACUAUUAUCACCUGUCAAUGUUGAUCGGGAAACUGCAUCUUCGCAGAAAGUAACAAAAUCAUCAAAUCAUGCUGGCUUUCAAACGGAUGCGAAUUUCUCCGCAUUUGUGCAACGAUCGAGUCCAACAUCCGGUGUUCUAGAUCUCUCCACAGGUUCCUCAGCAUCACUACAGACGGCAAGCUUACCGUCAAGAGCCAGAGGUGUUCAGACUACUGGCGAAUCGAUAGGUACAGGUAAAAUAACUCUCCCUCAAUUUUUGAAAGAUUUGAAUAAUUCUAUCAGUUUUCAUUUAUUAAACAAUCUCCCUGAUGCACCGACACUUCCUACCAUUGUUUCACUUUCUGCUCUUUCUAUCUCAUUUUGUCUGUUUUCUUUCACUUCUCAUUGUCUUCCUAAUCCUAAUUCUGACCUCAGCCUUCACGUCUGUUUUGUCUGUUGAUCGAAAACUUCCUAAGAUGUUUUAGAAACUGUGUUUCCUCUGAAACAGAAAUGAAUCCCCAAAACAUGUAAAGUUUGUUUAUAAUUUUCUUCUUUUUUCAAUAAAAGCUUAUACACAUUUCAUCUCUAUAGUGCAAAUACCUGGGAUUGUCGCUAUGUUUACUCCAGGAGAACCAUCAACAGCAGGUAAAAAUACAAUAUACAAGGAUAUGUUUUGUGUCAGAGUGAGAUCUCAGUUGGUUCACCUGUGUCUUUUACGAAUCGUUUAAACAUUUUAAGGUGAACCAUUGCCUCUCCUGGCUAAGAUACUCAUUCCUGUGUUUGGAGUCCUGUUAGUGGUAGUGGUUGGAGUCGCUUGGUGUUGCUGUGUACGAGGAAAGGAAAGAGAAAACUUCGAAAACCUGAUCAUUGAAUCAACUCUGAUGGUACGUAACUACUCUGAAACUGAUCGUGCGUUCGAUGACAAGCUUAGCAUAAAACUUAAGGGAAUUAUUAAAAAAAAAAACAAAAAAAACACUGGCGAAGCCUCUGUUUGUUGGUGGCACUUAAGUUAAAGCACUGCGCUUAACAAAAUACGAAUACUUUAAGGCCAAGAGGUUUGUCUCUAUCUGCUCACUGAUUUUCUCCUGUUUAAGCUUUACAUGUGACUUAUUUUCCUCAUGUGUUGCUAGGUGAGACUUGAUGUGACCGAAAAUCGUCGAGUGUCCUGUUAA